AUGAGGUACGGAUUCAUAAACACCUGUCUGAAAUCUCUGGUAAUUGAGAAAUUUGGUGAAGAAACAUGGGAGAAACUGAGGACCCUGGCAGAGGUCCAGGACACGUUCAUGACUUAUGAGAUAUACGAUGAUGUCAUAACUCUGCGUCUGGUGCAGGAGGCAUGUACUAUGCUGGACAUGCCUUCUGAGGUGGUGCUGAAGCUUUUCGGGGAGUACUUCUUCAGCUUCUGUAAGAUGGCGGGGUACGACACCAUGCUGCGUACGCUAGGAGGGAACCUGGUGGAAUUCAUUGAGAACCUGGAUGCCCUUCACAGCUACCUGGCUCUCUCCUACCAGGAGAUGAACGCUCCCUCGUUCCGUGUGGAGAAGAACGAUGAUGGGAGGAUGUUGCUUCAUUACUACUCGGACAGGAAAGGCCUAUAUCACAUUGUGCCAGGCAUCAUUGAGGCGGUGGCCAAAGACUUCUUUGACAGCGAAGUGAGCAUGACCAUCCUUAACCAAUCAGAGGAGAACGAGCGCACAGGGAAGAAAGAGCAUGUGGUCUUCCUGGUCUCUCAGAGGAGCCGAGGGUCAAAGAGGGAUUUCCGGCCCCAAAGAGAGAAGAAGGAGGUAACCAAGGAGGAUGAGGAGAUUGAUAGGAGGAGGAUGAGAGCCAGGUGUGCCAGUCUGCCCCACUGCCCUGCUGGGAAAAGAUCACACUGGGACAUGGUUAGGAGCGUUGUCAUGUUUGGAAAAGAGAACCUUCUGAAGUCAUUCACACCCUGCUACCCAGAUAAGCUGUGGAUGGAGGAACAAGCAUUCUGCAAUGCUUUCCCUUUCCACAUUGUCUUUGAUAAACAGCUCAAGGUGAAGCAGACUGGGAUUAACAUCCAGAAGUUUGUCCCUGGGCUGCAGACGAUGGAUAGCCGUCUGGAUGAGUACUUCAGCAUUGUCCAUCCACAGGUGACCUUCAACAUCGAGAGCAUCAGGAAGUUCAUCAACAGCCAGUUUGUCCUGAAGACCAGACGGGAGAUGGUGCCGCUGGCCUCUCAGCAUCAGUCCAUGCUCAAACUCAGAGGUCAGAUGAUGUGGAUGGAGUCUCUGGGCUGUAUGGUGUACCUGUGCUCCCCGAAGCUGCGCAGCCUGCAGGAGUUGGAGGAGAGGGGUCUGCACAUCUCCGACAUCGCCCAGCACGACACCACCCGGGACCUCAUUCUGCUUAACCAACAGCGUCUGGCCGAGAUGGAGCUGUCCAAUCAGCUGGAGCGCAAAAAGGAGGAGCUGAGGAUCCUCUCACGCCACCUCGAGGCGGAGAAGAAGAAGACAGAGACUCUGCUCUACGCCAUGUUGCCUCGCCACGUAGCCAACCAGCUGAAGGAGGGCAAGAGGGUGGAAGCAGGUGAGUUCCAGGUGUGCACCAUCCUGUUCAGUGAUGUGGUCACCUUCACCAAUAUCUGUGCUGCCUGCGAGCCCAUCCAGAUCGUCAACAUGCUCAACUCCAUGUACUCCAAGUUCGACCGCCUUACCAGCGUCCAUGACGUGUACAAGGUGGAGACUAUUGGAGACGCCUACAUGGUGGUGGGUGGGGUUCCCAUUCCAGCUGACAGCCAUGCAGAGCGGGUGGCCAACUUUGCCCUGGGUAUGCGUAUCGCUGCCCGGGAGGUGACCAACCCUAUCACUGGGCAACCCAUCCAGAUUCGGGUGGGUCUGCAUACAGGUCCAGUGCUGGCUGGUGUGGUAGGGGACAAGAUGCCUCGAUACUGCCUGUUUGGAGAUACGGUCAACACUGCCUCCCGCAUGGAGAGUCACGGAGUGCCUGACCACAUACACCUCAGCCCCUUCACAUACAGUGCGCUGGAAGAUAAGGGCUUUGACAUCCUGGAAAGAGGAGAGAUCCAGGUGAAGGGGAAAGGCCUGAUGACCACCUACUUCCUGCUGCAGAACCUGUGUGUGUCUGAGGACACCAUCAUGGCCAGAGGGACAGGAGAGCCCUGCGUGUACAGAGACAACCAGCAGGGGGCGGGAGAGAGCGAGAGAGACACAGAAGAACCAGACAGUGUGAGAAAGGAAGAAACGAAUGGCCAAACCAUGGCAUCUGCUUCUUCUUCGGGUGACUUCACCAACAAAGACACACCUUUUCUGGGAGACACUACACCUUUUCAAAAGGGCCACCUCAACGACGAAAGCAUAGAGCUAAGGAACAUCUGUGUGCGCAUGGCAAUGAGGGACUCUGACUGUCAUAAGGACCGGGACCUUAGAGAUCUGCAGGACUGUUUAAAAGCCAUGGUGGACAGUCUGGUGUCUUCUCUCAUCAACAUGAACCAUCCCGUGGCCGUUCAGACAUCACGCACCCUUGAAGAGAUACAUCUGAGCUUCCCUGAAAUCUGA